ACCUCAUUUAUCAAAAUCACUUUCCUUCUCAACAGAGAAAUGGGUGUUUCAUCAGGUUCUGCCAUUGAAGAACAGAACGAAGAACCUUUACUCAUCACCCCAACAAGUGAUACUGUUCAAGAUACGGUGGUGAAUUACAAAGGAGAGACGGUGAAUUUAAGUACAGAAAACAAAUAUGGUGGAUGGAAAUCAGCAUCACAUAUAAUUGCAUCUGAAGUCGGAGAGACAAUUGCUUACUAUGGAAUUUCAUCAAAUCUGAUUACAUAUUUAACUGGUCCACCACUGAAUCAAUCAACAGUAGCAGCAGCAACUAAUAUCAAUACUUGGUCUGGAUUUGUUUGGAUGCUUCCUCUUCUUGGUGGAUUUCUUGCUGAUUCUUACUUUGGGAGAUUUCAUACCAUCUUAUUCUCUUCUCUAAUCUAUAUCCUGGGGCUUGGAUUGUUAACUUUAUCAGUUGCGCUCCCUUCUCUUAUAAGUCAACAUGAAUGUAUUCACAGUAGUGAUACGACAACUACAGAGAAUUCUUGUAUGCCUGUUUCUUUGCAAGUUUUCUUCUUUUUCUCUUCUUUAUACUUAGUAGCGAUUGGGAAGGCUGGAUUUAAACCUUGUGCACAAGCUUUUGCUGCAGACCAAUUUGAUGUGAGAAAUCUGAAGGAAUGCGCAUCAAAAAGCUCAUUUUUCAAUUGGUGGUUUUUUGGGCAAUGUGUUGGUAGUAGCAUUUCUUUCUUGAUCUUAACUUACAUUCAAGAAAACAUAAAUUGGACUCUUGGAUUUGGAAUUCCAUGCAUUUUCAUGGCAAUAGCACUUCUUCUUUUCUUGCUUGGAACUAAAAGUUAUCGUUUUAGUGUGAAGCAAGAUAAAGAAAACCCAUUACUGGGAAUACUUCGGGUAUUUUCCAGGGCCGCAAAAAACUGGAGAACCAACUCAUCUCAAGCUGCUACCGGCGGAACACCCCAUGAUAAGAUUCCCGCUGGUGCUCACCAUUUAAAGUUCUUAGACAAAGCAUUGAUUGACAUGCCGAUUGACCAGGUUCAUUCAACUGAGCAUAGUAUAAGAUGUAGCAUUGAUCAGGUUGAAGAUGCAAAGGUCUUACUUCGUUUGGUCCCUAUAUGGAUUACAUGUUUGAUGUAUGCAGUUGUAAUUUCUCAAACCACAACCUUCUUCAUUAAACAAGGCAAUACCAUGGACAGAUCAAUAGGACCAGAUAUUCAUAUACCAGCUGCGUCACUUUUAACAGUUAUGUCUUUAUCUGUGAUUUUCUUAAUUCCCAUCUAUGAUCGCAUUUUUGUUCCUCUGGCACGCUCAGUGACUAGUUUACCCAGUGGCAUAACAAUGCUUCAGAGAAUUGGUGUCGGGAUGUUUCUGUCUAUGGUAACAAUGGUUGUCGCGGCUGUAGUCGAGAAGAAAAGACUUCAAAUAGCUCUUGAUUCUGGAUUAAUUGACAUGCCGAAAGAGACAAUUCCUUUAAGUUUAUGGUGGUUAGCUCCUCAAUAUUUGCUGAUUGGUGUCACUGAGAUUUUCACCAUUGUUGGUAUGCAAGAAUUCUUUUAUGAUCAGGUUCCAAAUGGGUUAAGAAGUAUGGGUAUCGCGUUUUACCUUAGCAUCAUCGGCAUUGGAGAUUUCCUGAGCGGGUUUCUUAUCUAUGUCAUUGAAAAGGUUACUAAUGCUAGCGGGCAAUCUAGUUGGUUUUCUGACAACCUUAAUCGAGCACAUCUUGACUACUUCUACUGGCUUCUUGUUGGGCUUAGUGCAGCAAACUUGAUUGCAUACUUAUACUUCUCAAAAUCUCAUCUGUAUAACAAACUAUGAGGACAUUUGUAUAUGUUAUUUUAUAAUGGGCAUCUGCAAUAGAUGUCACACUUUCUAUAGUUGCCUACUAAAAUUGAAUAUCAUCAAUGACCAAGGAAAUAUGAACACAGAAAAACCAAGUGAAUCUCUGAAACAUACUUCUUUUCCUUUUCUCUCGAUUCCUUA